AUGUCCUCAUCGUUGCAGGCCCUAGAUCCUAAUCCAACCACGCCCGUGUAUACAAAUGAUGUCCAGUGGAUCACGGCGUACCUUGUUAUACAUAUGAUGAGUGACAACUCGCGCCGGUACGCCUAUAUAUUCUGGUUCUGCAUCGCAGCAGUCUUCCUCGUUUUCACCCUUCUCCACCUUACCCGGUCUCGAGGCAGCAUAGUGGGCGCCUACUGGGCCAAGUGGGCAAUACGGAGACGGACCUGGAGAGGGAAGAUCGCCCGCAGACAGAAUCAGUACCCUGUAUCCCUCCCGCCGAACGGCCAGCUGCUGUGCCUCGCAGUACUUGCAAUCGUUACCAUCCUUCUUUGUUUUGCCGGUCCGGACUAUAUCAACCCUGCCGAUGGCCUCUUUGACGUCACCAAUCUAGGUUUAUCCGUCCGCUCCUACGAUGUCUCCCAGUUCACCCGCUGGCAGCCGCAGUACACAAUAUACAAAGCUUGGUGGACAGCAGGCGGUAGGACAGGCAUUAUCGCCUUCUCCUUCCUCCCCCUUUGUGUCCUCUUCGCUCUCAAGGCCCCGCCUUUCGCCAUCUUCGCCCUUCCAUUUACCACUCAAAUCUACUUUGACAAACUCUCCUGGCUCCAUCGUUGGUCCGCCAGACUUAUAUACGGCAUAACACUUCUUCAUGUUGUCUUUUGGAGCGUCCAGCUAUUGAGUGACACCCGCGCACUAACUGGUAAAGAGGCGUAUGCAUAUGCCUGGCAGUAUGAGAAGUUUGUGUACGGAUGGGCUGCCUUCCUUCUUAUGACGCUGCUUGUGGUUUUCUCCAUCAAUCCAAUUCGGAAACAUCACUACGAAACCUUCUAUUUUGGCCAUGUCACUCUCGUGCCGCUCACCUUGAUCUUUGCUGCACUUCAUCACCCUCCAGUGGCCAUGUGGUGUUGGGUCGCAUUAGCCAUCUGGAUCGCAGAGCGUGUUUGGCGUGGCACUUGGUGGCUAUAUACAAACGGCCUAUUUGGCAGAGAUACCACUUCUGCGCCCGCCAUCGUCAUAGCUUCACCAACACACAAGACGGUGGACUCUGAAACCCAAAUGCUGCGCCCAUCUACAUUCGCUUCCCCACAGUCAUAUUCAGGAUACCCCCCACCAACACCAUCACCAUAUCUUUCUGACCAAUACUCUCACGUCUCUCAGCUAAUGGAGCCCGCCAGCGCACUGCGAUACUCUCCCCCUCCAGGCUACGCGCAUGUUGAGCUUCUUUCCGGAGCUACGGUACGUCUGACUUACAUAUCUCCCGGGUUUCUGUCCUGGGCUCCAGGCCAACACUUCUUGAUUAAUGUUCCUUCUGUGUCACGCUUUGUUAGUCAUCCUUUCACCGCUGCAUCUAUAUGUGACGAGCAGGCCCCUUCCAAUUCGGGCCGUGCCAUUGUCCUUUUAGUCAGAUCUAAGGCUGGGUGGACGAGAGAUUUAUGGGACUGUACCCUUAAGUUGUUGAGCCAGGGACGGAACCACCCGCCAGGCGAAACACUCCCGAAUGGAACGGUCAUGCCCAAGAGCGGUGUCGUUAUGCGCAUGUUCAUAGACGGGCCCUUUGGGAGUGCCAUACGCGCUCGUUGGGAAGACAAUGCGACUGUCGUCAUCUUCGUUGCUGGGUCUGGUGUCAGCUUUGGCCUAUCAAUACUCGAAUAUUUAUGCCUGUGCUUGGCCGGUCGGGAUGGUAAGCAUCUUGGUGGGCGAGCAGGUGGGUGGGGGCAGAAAGGUUUCGCCACCAGACGAGUAAGAUUUGUUUGGCUCAUUCGAGAAUACGGUCAUAUUCAAUGGUGUGCAUCAAUCCUUCGCCGGUGUAUGUCUAUGAUCCCUUCUCCCGGCCUAGAUGUCGACAUUUUUGUGACCAAUUUUCAACCUCAAAUUCGCCGACUGCCGUCACGGCCGAAAAUUGAAUACGACUCGGAACUCAACCCGCCUGCGCCUCAUUUCAGCCAUCGGACCUCUUCGCCUGCCGAAUCCGAAAGCGAUGCUGAGGACGUCGAUCUUAGCUACUAUGUCGGGGAGUUUGGUGAUGAAGGCGAUGUAGGCGAUAUGUCUGUCAGACGGCGGGAAGAUUACACCCUCGACCUGACCAAUUUUGACGGUGAUAACGAGACGACACUUCCUGGAGAGGCUCAGCUUAAUCGGCGCGUGCAGAAAGUGGGGAAGGACCGACGUGCGCACUCGCGGAAAUUCUCUAACGCGAUCCACAUGAAAGAGCAACUCGAUGAAUUUGCUCGUCUGCAGCGGCAAUCAGUACACUCUACGGAUGGACUGCUCACCCACGAGGGUAAGCCUACUCACAAAAGAAGUCCGUCGUCAGAAUCUACUGUCGGAGGAGACCUGGCGAGCUUGAAGCCACUGUCUUCGAAUGACUAUCAUAAUCGUCGCCAUUCGUAUCUGUCCGCCGAUUCUCACGUACAUGUUUCUUCUCCCCUCCGCCCGCCGACACCUACUCUUAGCCCACUUACACCCACUUUUGACGAAACCGAAACGAUUAUGUCCUUGAGUGCAAAUACCGUAGAAAUACCUACCGCUGAGGGAGACGCUGUUACCUAUGGUCAAAGACUGCAGUUGAAUGAACCGGAGAUGCGUGAUAUGGCUGUUGUCGCUGAGCAUGUUCGCCCGGGUAAACCUAGAAUAGAUCGGAUUCUGAAAGAUGAAGUUGACUGGUCGAACGGAUCUGUAGUUGUUGCUUGUUGUGGACCCAGUUCUUUUAGUGCAAUGGUCCGUAAGGCUAUUGCAUGCCAGAUCAAUCCCGCUCGAGUCUGGAAGGGAGAUAGACGAGGUUACAUUGAUCUCAUUUCGGAGGAAUUUUCAUAUUAG